AUGAAGGAGGAUGAAGACAUUGAAACCAUGUUUUCUAGGUUUCAAAUUCUUGUGUAUGGACUUCAGGUUCUAAACAAAAGCUACACUACAUCUGAUCAUGUCAAGAAGGUUCUUAGGAGUCUUCCUGUCAGAUACAUACCUAAAGUGACAACUAUUCAAGAGGAUAAAGACUUAAAGACAUUGAGUCUUGAAAGUCUUAUUAGUAAUCUUCAGAGCCAUGACAUGAAUCACAAUGGAGAUGAACCUGUCAGAAAUUCAAAGCCUAUGGCUUUGAAAUCUAUUUCUAAAGAUGCAAAGGCUUCUCAUGUCUGGGAAUCUGAAGAAGCUUCUCAUGUAGAAGGUUUUGAAGAUGACUUAGAUGAUAAGGAAAUGACCUUUAUCAUCAAAAGGUUUUACUAUCUGGCCAAGAAGAAUAAGAGAUUCUCUGGAAGAAGUAGUGGCUUUAGAGGAUCUAGCUUCAGAGAAAAUAAGGAUGGUCAUAAAGGAUGCUUCAACUACAAGAAUUCUGAUCACUUCAUUAUCGAAUGUCCCGAACUACAAAAGGACAAGUUAAAGAAGAGAAUCUUUCAGAAAGAUAGCAUCAAGAAAAAAUUCAAGAAAAUUCUCAUGGAAACAUGGGAUGAGAUUGACAAUGAAGAAGACUCUAAAAAGGAUGAAGAGCAAGCCAACCUUGCCUUGAUGAAUCUUAUAUCUUCUGAAGCAGAAUCUAAUUCAGAUUUUAGUUCAAAGUCCGAGGAAGAGGAUGUGGCAUUUUCUAAACUAUCUCGUUAUGAUUUAAUUAAUUUCAUUCAAGAUCUCAUGGGAAGAUUUCAAGAGAAAUCUAGACACAUGAAAAUAUUGAAAAAUCUAUAUGAUAUUUUGAAAGAAGAAUUAAAUUAUGUUCAAAGUAAAAAUGAAGCUCUAGAGAAGGGUCAUAUUUCUCUAGUAAAGGAAGUUUUUGAUAAACCUCUUAAUGAUCAUGAAAUGGUUCUUGAAGAGUUUAUUAUAAAUGGUUUUAAUAUAACUAAACUUUCUUCCAUGAUUUAUGGAGUAAGUAGAAGAAAAAGGGAAGGUCUUGGUUAG